AUGUCGCACACGCCCACGGGGCGCCGCUUCCCGCCGCACGAGUUCACGCUCCCGUCGGGCCAGCGCAUCAUCGCCAGCCUGCCGGGCGACGUGGCCGCGCUGCGGCGGCAGCACAGCGCGAGCGGCGCCGACGUCGUCGUCGAGCACGGCUCCGACGCGCACAUCAGCUACCUGCGGCAGGUCCACUCGCACCACGAGGGCCGCCGCGACGAGAUGCGCGCCCGCCUCGGCGACGCCGCCGCCGAGUGGGAGGAGACGCACCGCCAGCUGACGGCCGUCGGCGCCGAGCUCGAGCGGCUUGCCCGCCGCGAGGCCGCGCUGGAACACAACUUUGACAAGUUUGGCUACAAUAGCCGUCUCCGGACCCACGACGGCAUGCUUGGUGAUGAUCGCCGCGGGGGGGCGAUCCCCGGUACGGAGACUGCGCCGAGCGGCACUACGACGCCGGGCGCCGGCACCAGCGAAAAGAAGCAUCGGCACGGUAGGGGGACUAGCACGAAACUGUUCAAGAGGCCGGUGGUCAGGCAGUGGUUUCACCGCGGCGUCAUCUGGCGCGCGGCGGGACAGACCGAGAUUAUGGCCAUUGAGCUGUUCUUUGAUCUCCUCUAUGUCGGCAUCAUCCACUCCAAUGGCGAACACAUGGCCGAAGAGCCCACCGGUCGUGAGCUCCUGCGCUUUGCCGUCACCUUUAUCAUGUCGUGGAAGAUUUGGACCGAAAUCACCUACGCCCUGAGCUGGUUCGAGUCCGACGACGUCUUGACGAAAUUCGAACUCCUCUUCAAUCUUGCUUGUCUCCUCGGCUUCACCACCAACAUGAUUAGCAGCUUCAACGAGGACCCGGCGCACAACACGUACGCGCAGCUGGUCGGCUUCUACCUGGCCACCCGCUACGCCGUCGCCCUGCACUUUGCCGUCAACUACUUUCUGCUGCCCAUGGUGCGCGGCUUCAUGCUCGCCUCGUGCAUCCAGGUGCUGGUGCCGACGGCGCUCUGGGUCGGCAGCGUCUUUGUCGAGAUGCCCGACCGCCUGAUUCUCAUCUGGAUCGCCAUCGUCCUCGACAUGUGGGGUCAGAUCUUUUACUUUGCACCGGUGCAGUAUACGCUGCGCUCCAAGGAAGAGUCGGAUACGUGGUUUACCAGAGGCGUGCGGACCAUGUUUGACUACAUUCCCGCCAUCAACAUUGAGCACCGCGUGGAGCGCACCAAUGCCUUUGUGUCCUUGGUCCUUGGCUACUCCGUGGUCGGCAUCUUGUUCCAGAGCAACGGCGGCUACAACGUCAACGCCUUUCUCGGCAAGGCUGUUCUUGGUCUCUUGCAGGCCUUCUUCUUCAAUUGGAUCUACUUUGACAUUGACGGCAACGGCAUCGACGUCCAUGCCAUUCGUCGGUCGGCGGUAGCAAUGGGCGUCUGGAACAAUGCUCACCUGCCCUUCAUCAUGGGCUACAUCAUUGCUACCUCGGCCCUGUCUCGACUGGUUCUCGCGUCCGACAUGUCCAACACGUAUCCGGAGCAGCUGACGGAAAACUACCGCGGGCUGGCGGAAGAGGAGUUUGGCACCGGCGUACGCUACUUUUACUGCCACGGCUUGGCGAUUGCCCUCCUGUCCAUGACGGCCAUGGCCAUCAGCCACAAGCACCAGUCCGAGGGCACGCCGCGGCUGGCCAAGCAGUACCGACUGGCUAACCGCGUAGCCAUGGCCCUCGUCAUGUUCUUCCUGCCUCUGGCCACAGAUCUCAAGUCACUGUACCUCAUCUCCAUCACCCUCGGCCUGAUCAGCUGGGUGCUCAUCGUCGAGCUCUGGGGUGUCUCGCUCAAGGGACAGUCCUUUGUUGGCGAGGUGGACUGCACACGCAAGGCCAUCAGAGGAACCAAGGAGGAGGACGACGCAAAUUUGCCGCCUGUUACAUGA